CGCCCAUCAAUUUUAGUGUUUCACCCGCCGCCCGACACGGUCACACCGCUCGAGAAGUAGAGAAAAAAAGAAGGCGACGAAUCCAAAGGCAGCAAGCAGCAAGCAAAAUCGACGCCGCACGUACCGGGAGCAUUUAAAUAAUUUUUUCUGUGGAUUAAUUUAACCGAAAAGGCUUCAACACAAUGACUGAGCGCGAGAAUAAUGUGUACAAGGCAAAGCUGGCCGAACAGGCCGAGCGCUACGACGAAAUGGUGGAGGCCAUGAAGAAGGUCGCCUCCAUGGACGUAGAGCUGACCGUCGAGGAGCGAAAUCUGCUGUCGGUGGCGUACAAGAAUGUGAUCGGAGCACGCCGAGCUUCGUGGCGCAUCAUCACCUCGAUCGAACAGAAAGAGGAGAACAAGGGGGCUGAGGAGAAACUGGAGAUGAUCAAAACCUACCGCGGACAGGUGGAGAAGGAGCUGCGCGACAUCUGCUCGGAUAUACUGAACGUGCUUGAGAAGCAUCUCAUUCCAUGCGCCACAUCCGGCGAAAGCAAAGUAUUCUACUAUAAGAUGAAGGGCGACUACCAUCGCUACCUGGCCGAGUUUGCCACCGGCUCGGACCGCAAGGAUGCGGCGGAGAACUCGCUGAUUGCCUACAAGGCGGCCAGCGACAUUGCCAUGAACGAUCUACCCCCAACACACCCCAUCCGCUUGGGCUUGGCAUUGAACUUCUCGGUGUUCUACUAUGAGAUUCUCAACUCGCCGGACCGCGCUUGCCGCUUGGCGAAAGCCGCUUUCGAUGAUGCCAUUGCCGAGUUGGAUACGCUGAGUGAAGAGAGCUACAAAGACUCGACACUCAUCAUGCAGCUGCUGCGCGACAACCUCACAUUAUGGACGUCCGAUAUGCAGGCAGAAGUAGACCCCAACGCAGGUGAUGGCGAGCCCAAAGAGCAAAUCCAGGAUGUUGAGGAUCAGGACGUGUCGUAAUUUAAGUAAACCCCCGCCCUUCCAUUUAAAACACAUUAUAUACCUUCUAAAGUAAAUAUAAUACCAUAUAAUAUAUAUGCAUACAACAACAAAAAACAACAACAACAUCAAGAACAACAACAUGGAACCAACACGGCAGGAACAACAUCCCAGCGCCGCCGACGAACGACAACCAUAGCAGCCGAUUUCAAAAGUAACAACAGCAAUAGCAGUAGCAGCAGCAGCAGCAGCAACAUAAAUACAGCAAGCAAACCAGCAGCAACAAUUUGUCAUCAACAAUAAACAGCAUGGAAAACAACAGCACAAAAACAGAAAAAACAAACCAAACUAAAUGUUUGAAAAUUGGGCGGCCUGGUGGGCGUGGCGCGGCUGUUGCUGCGGCACAGAAUCGCAACGAAAAGAAUUCGCGGUACUAUUAAGUUGUGGUCGCUUCGCGAUUUGGCUCCUCCACGUUAGAAAACUGCAACAUCAACUCUACUACAUUUGAAUUUUUUGCAUUCGAAAAACCAAGCAUUAUAUUAUAUUUAAAUAAAUAUUAUAUUUAAUUAUGAGAAGCAAAAACAAAAGAAAUAAACUUCAUUUAAACCACAAUACAA